CGGCAUGCAUAUAUCAUAUAGCACUGCGCUCAUCGUCGACUUGGUUUCCUGUCAGCAUUCGACCUGAGUCGGCCACCAGCACGCUUUUCCUCAGUAGCCCAACGAAUAACAUCAUGCCCUCUGUCAUCUUCGACGUUGUCGGUACAUGCUUCUCCUACGAUGCCGGCGCUGAAGCUUUGGACGCCCGCCUAGGCGACAAACUCCGAUCCCACGGCGUCUCCCCCAAACUCCUCUUCUAUUCCUGGGUCUGCUCCACCGAGAGGGACUACUCCUACCUGUCCCAGAUCAAGCAGUACAAGCCCUUUUUCGAAAUCCUCUCUCACACCUUCGUUCGAGUGCUCUUCCAAGCUGGAGUUCCGAACCCGGAGAACUUUGGAACGGAAGAGGAUGUGAAGUUCGUCAUGGACGAAUACAAGAAGCUCAAACCGAGACCGGGGAUGGGGGAGAUGAUGCGCAUCCUGAGAGAAGGAGGGUUCGACGUCUGGUGUUGCUCCGACGCCAACGUCGACAGGGUCAAGGGGUACUUUGACGGUGCAGGGGUCGACAUGCCGCUCGAUCAUAUCCUCUCUGCAGACAUGUGUGCGGCAGGGAAACCGGAACCGGAGGUGUACAAGAUGGCCAGGCAGAAAGCCGGUUCGGACGAGGAAGGAGAGGUCAGCAUCUUUGCUGCGGCUCACGCUUGGGAUUGCGCGGCAGCCAAGAGCGCCGGGUUCCUCACAGCCUACUGCACCAUCUACGAGCUAGACCCUUGCGAGGCUAUUUUCGGCUCGUUCGACUUGACCGCCUCUUCUUUGGUCGAGAUGGGUCAGGCGAUUGUGGACAAGUGGGGCAAGAAGUGAGGGCAGAGGAAAAGGAGUAUUGGAGAGCCGAAUGUAAAAUGAGAUGCUAUACUAUACAGUCAAGCCAUUCAACCCAUAGUACGAACACAAUCUUGCGACGUACGUCAUCAAACGUAUGGCGAUAGUUAAUAUCUGAUUACGACUCGGAAGAAACGUUGUCCAUGAGACACUCGUUCGAUCUUGCAGCGAUCAAUAAUCGAGAGAGACUGUUCGACUUGCAUCGCGCCGCAAUCGUUGCUUAGCAACCGCAGAGGCUGUAUAGUCCUGAUCAACGCUCUCGAUCUUGAGGAGU